AUGUGGCCAUCCUACCCUCCACCACCACUCCAAGCAGUGGACCUAAAGAGGAAGCAAGGUUUUAUUGAUUUGUCUUUCCCUUGGUUACAGCUCCAAAAUGGUCAGGAGCUACAAGAGCUUCAGAAAAGGGCAGAGAAAUAUCCAUGUGCCAGUCCUCGCUGGCUAUGGGGAAGCAAGGUUAGCCUCAUAGUCUACGACCCGGACUACAUGAAGGUGAUCCUGGGGCGAUCAGACCCAAAGUCUGAUGGUUCCUACAGAUUCAUGGCUCCCUGGAUAGUGUAUGGUUUGCUCAUGUUGAAUGGGCAGGCGUGGUUCCAGCAUAGGCGGAUGCUGACCCCAGCCUUCCACUAUGACAUCCUGAAGCCCUACGUGGGACUCAUGGCCGAUUCUGUCCGAGUGAUGCUGGACAAAUGGGAGGAGCUCCUCAGCCAGAACUCAGCUCUGGAGAUCUUUGGACACAUCUCCUCGAUGACGUUGGACACCAUUAUGAAGUGUGCCUUCAGCUACCAGGGCAACCACCAGGCAGACAGGUACUUCCAAUCCUACCUUCAGGCCAUUCGGGACCUGAACAACCUGGUGCUUUCCCGGAUAAGGAAUGCUUUCUACCAGAAAGACUUCAUCUACAGGCUGACCCCUGAGGGCCGCCGGAACCACCGGGCCUGCCAGCUUGCCCAUCAACACACAGACCAAGUGAUCAAGCUGAGGAAGGCUCAGCUGCAGGAGGAGGGAGAGCUCGAGAAGGUCAGGAGCAAGAGGCACUUGGACUUUCUGGACAUCCUCCUCUUUGCCCAAAGGGAGAACGGGAACAGCUUGUCUGACAAGGACCUCCAUGCGGAAGUGGACACCUUCAUGUUUGAGGGCCAUGACACCACAGCCAGCGGCAUCUCCUGGAUCCUCUAUGCUCUGGCCACACACCCCGAGCAUCAGCAGAGGUGCCGGGAGGAGAUCCAGAGCCUCCUGGGGGACAGCGCCUCCAUCACCUGGGACCACCUGGACCAGAUGCCCUACACCACCAUGUGCAUCAAGGAGGCACUGCGACUCUAUCCGCCAGUUCCAGGUGUCGGCAGAGAGCUCAGCAAGCCCAUCACCUUCCCUGAUGGACGCUCCUUACCCAAAGGAUUCUCAGUCUUGCUCUCCUUUUAUGCCCUUCACCACAACCCCAAAGUGUGGCCAAACCCAGAGGUGUUUGACCCUUCCCGGUUUGCACCAGAUUCCUCUCGACACAGUCAUGCUUUCCUGCCCCUCUCAGGAGGAGCAAGGAACUGCAUCGGGAAGCAGUUUGCCAUGAACGAGCUGAAGGUGGCGGUGGCCCUGACCCUGCUCCGCUUUGAGCUGGCACCAGAUCCUCUCAAGGUCCCUGUUCCCACUCCAAGAAUUGUGUUGAUGUCCAAGAAUGGGAUCCACCUGCAUCUCAGGAAGCUCCUCUAACACUUGUGGG